AUGCUCCCGUUCUUCCGAUCCUCACGACCAGACGCAUCCUGGCACCGCGUAGGCCGCGUCUCGGAGUUUCCCGAGGUAUCCCAGCACAACGAGGACUGCCAGGUAACAACAGCCUGCAAGGCCUUCCGGAUUCCCAACUCCCAUAUGAAAGGCGAGGCGCCGACAGAGGCGGAUAUUGAACUCCCUGGGGAAUUGAAGGAUCAGGUGUUGGUGUUUAGGUAUAAAGGUGCUGUUCAUGCGAUUGAUCAUCAAUGUCCACACUCGGCAUUCCCCCUCUCGCAGGGAAAUCUCUUCGACAUUGAGGAUUUCGGUAUCAAGCUGAGUGCGGGGAUUACGUGUCCCAAGCACGGGUGGUCGUUUGAUCUCUUCUCUGGCACGGGGGAUCGGGGGAAUUUCAAGUUGAAGAUUUGGGAGGUGCAGCUGCGUGAUCUGCCUUCUGCUUCUGAGAAGACUGAAGCCGAAUCUGAGACUGAGACGCCAGAUAAAGAGGUCUGGGUGAGGAGAAAGCAGCGGAUUGGGUAG